AUGAAGAAGAAGAAAGAGUUGCAUGACGAAGAAAGCAACAAAGUCAUCAACAUGAGAGCUGUGGCGGCCAAAGAAGCUCCUCAAGAAGAAAAAGCCAAAUGGAAAAUCAUUCGAGAGAAACUUGUCGUGAAACAAGUUUUUGCUCGUGGAGGCUUCGGUACUGUCCAUAAAGGCAUCUACGAUGGGCAAGAAGUUGCAGUCAAAAUAUUGGAGUGGAGAGAAGACGGCCGAACAAAAGCUGAAAUAGCUUCUUUGAAGAAAGAUUUUAGGCAGGAGGUUUCAAUUUGGCAUAAGCUUGAUCAUCCUAACAUUACUAAGUGUAUUGGAGCCACAACAGAUACCGACUCUGCCUCUGUUAUUACUGAGUAUCUUUCUGGAGGAACCCUAAAAGCCUUCAUCAUACAACACCGAAAAAAGAAGUUGCCUAUCAAGACAGUCAAACGACUGGCAGUUGAUCUUGCUAAAGGGUCUUGGAAUGUAAACCCUACAACAGAAAAUGCGACGUUUAUAGCUUCGGGAUUUGCUUGUGGGAGAUGUAUUGCUGCGAUAUGCCCUACCCUAACAUCACAUUCUCCGAAUUGA